AGACAGGUUGUCAUUUCCUCAUUUUCAAGCCUUUGCCCUCGAUGGGGCCAGAAUCUCUUUCAAGCUCCCGAUGGUGAAGGGCUCUCGGGUUGGCAGUGGGUCUCUGCUCCAGAGGCUUUGGAAAGAACCAUGGACCUCUGGCUUUGGUCACUUUACUUCCUGCCAGUAUGUGGGGCUCUGAAGAUCCUCCCAGAAGUAAAGCUGGAUGGAGAACUGGGUGGAUCUAUUACCAUCGAGUGCCCGCUUCCUAAAAUAAACGUGAGGAUGUAUCUGUGCCGGGAGAUGGUGAAACCUGCAAUCUGUUCCACGGUGGUAUCCAAUAACUUCAUCAAGAAGGAAUAUGACAGUCGAGUCACUUUGAAGCCGUGCUUACACAAGAAUUUGUUCCUAGUGGAGAUGACAGAACUGACCGAGAGUGAUAGUGGAGUUUAUGCCUGUGGAGUGGGCACGCACACAGAACGGGGCAAGACCCAGAAGGUCACCCUGAAUGUCCACAGUGAGUACAAUCCAUUCUGGGAGGAGGAGCUGAUAUCUGAGCCUCCAAAAUGGUUUCAUAAAUUUCUGGAGCAGCGGAUGCCCACUUGGCUCCAGAUGGUUGCACAUGCCAGUUCUUCUGAAUCCACAUCCAAAGUUAUCACACCAACCCAAAGGACUGAUGACCCUCCAGAGCCCCACCCUUCCCCCACCACACCAAUAAUUCAUCAUCCUCGAGAAUCCAGAGCAUUCUCAGUAGCAGCUGCCAAGCCCUCAACUGUUCUGCCAUCCACCACAACAUCAAAGACUUCAACUCAGGAGGGGCUGCUCAGGCCCCCAGGGGCCAGCUACAAGCAGCACACUAGAUUGCAUGGGCAGAGAGAAUUCAACCGUGGCUCAGAGUUUGGAAGGGAGGAUCAAGGAUUUCACAUCCUGAUCCCAACUGUCCUGGGUCUUCUCCUGCUGGCCCUUCUGGGGCUGGUGGUAAAAAGAGCGAUUCAAAGGAAGAGAGCCUUCUCCAGGCGGGUCCGCCGAAUGGCGUUGAGGAUGCGCGCCCUGGAGGCCUCCCAGCGGCCCCGGGAGCAGCGGCCCAGAUCGCAGCGGCCGCGCUCCCAGAACAUCUACAGCGCCUGCCCCCGGCGCGCUCCAGAGUCUAACGCUGCCGGCCAGAGGCAGGUCCCUCCUGCGGAUCCUGGAACAUCUGCACCCUCAGCCCCGCCACAGGUGCUCGAAGCUCCCUGGCUCCACACCCCAUCUCUGAAGACCAGCUGUGAAUAUAUGAGCAUCUGUCACCAGCCUGCUGUCAAGAGGGAGGACACUGAGUCAAAUGAUUACAUCAAUAUUCCCAGCCUGACUCACCCUCCUAGCUGUACCCCUGCAGCCACACCUUGAUGACAAUAAGUCUUCUCUGUCUGCUAAUUUCCAAUGACUGCUCCAUCCCCUCACAGAGCCCUGAUCACCUCGCAUGCCCCCAUCUAUCUGUGCCCUGAGCAUAGCUCUGCCCCACAUAAUCUUGCACACCUUUGUACCCCACUGUGUGCCUCGAGGAGUCUGGGUAUGCAUAGCAUUUGUCUCAAUGCCGCCUGCUUCCUUUCCAAACCAUGUAACAGGCUGUGGCAUUUGCAGUGUCUUUGGUCACAGGGACUUUGCUGCUCUGGCUCUAGAUCACGUGGCAUUAAUAUGGAGUGUAGGCAUAGCUGCCAUUUCAGAAGCCCUUCCCAAGCUUAGGCCUCACACAAAUAGACAGCCUCUGGGUUGCACUUCAUGAGGAUGGGCCUCAGCCCUGUGAGUUAGGAAGGGCCUGGUAUGAUAACACUCCUAGGAAGGACUUUGCCUUGACCCAAAGGCUGGAACUUGCUAGUAUGAAGCUAUUUAUCUCCUGUCCAAUUUACUUUGAUGUUAUAAAGUAUCCUACAUUCUCAGAACCAACAUUGUUAGUGAUAGUGAUAUAUAUAUAUAUAUAUAUAUAUAUAUAUAUAUAUAUAUAUACAAUCCUCUUUAGUCUAAGUCUCCCUCAUUUGCUAUAGAAAAGUACCCUGACCCUAGCAGCUCCUGCUCUUUUAGUCACAGUCUUUGUCACCUCCUUACCCUUCUUCCACAUCCUAACACUGAUAGAACACUCAUUUUUAGUCUGUUUUAGCCAUCCCAAGUCAUUACCUCUCUCUGCUUUUAAAAAUGUCCCUCAUCUUUUUGCCAGUUCCAGACAACAUAUAGCAAAGUGGGAAGGAAAGUAGCAUGGGGUUCCUGGAGGAUCAGGGGCUCUGCAGUAGCUCUUCUGUUGUGGAAAAGGAGACACCUUGCCUCCUAGCAGCUCUUAAGUGUAGUCUUUCUCUUAACUUUUGGGGGGCAAGGUGACAUAAUUUGGACUCUAUCUUUGGAUUGAUGUCAACUACAAAGUACAAUUAGAGCUUGAGAAUGACCAUUCUUGCCAUUAAGAAGAUCUUUCCCUAAUACACAACACAGUCUCCCCAGGCACUUGCCCAGAAGUAGGGAGAACAGACUACCAGAUCUGGGGUGAGUUGCCCCCUUUAUUAGCAAGAAAUGUCAUCACAUAUUUCACAGUACCUCCUCCAGCCACAGAGAUACCAUCAGUGAUGUCAGCUUGACGCUGUCACUUUCUCAAGUAUCAGAUAAAGGAAAGAAGAAGAAAAGGAGAGGAUCCAGGCAGAAGGGAUGGUGGAGUAGGGUAGGGUGGGGAGGGGUAGGGAGUGCAGCAGGAAAUGAAAUGUUGUGUGACAAUCUGCUUUGUGCCAGGCACUUUAGCCAACAUGUUAUCUUCCAUCAUUUACUUUUCAAACUAAUGCUCACCCUCACCCCAAUGCUGUGCCCCUGCAGAUAUAUGACUUCCAUGAGUUAAAGUUCAAUAUUAUAUCCUAGCAUCCCUCAUUGUUUCUCAAAAAUCCAAACACAGGUAAAAAAAAAUAAAAUCCAGUUUAUUAAAUAUUAAUUGAGCACCUACCCACUGCCCCACACUGCAGCAAGGAUCAUGGGAGAUAAAAAGGGAAAUAUGGGUCACACUAUAUUCUGCUGCCUUCAGGGAAUUUAGCAUCUUGCAAAUAAAUAUAACUUCAGUUGAA